AUGCAGUCCUUCACCAAGAUCGUCAUCGCCGUCGCCGCCGCAGCCGGCCUCGUCUCCGCUGCCCCGGCGACCCAGCUCGAGAACCGCCAGUCCAUGAACGGCGACCUGACGUACUACGCUCCCGGCCUCGGCGCCUGCGGCGUGACCAACGGCGAGGGCGACGCUAUCGUUGCCGUCUCUUGGCAACUAUUCGACCAGUACACGCCCAACGGCAACCCCAACCUCAACUCCCUCUGCGGCCGCCAGAUCCAGAUCAACCUCGGCGGCAAGUCGACCGUCGUCACCGUCGAGGACCGCUGCGCCGGCUGCCAGUACAACGACCUCGACGUCCCCGUCGGCGUCUUCUCGCAGCUCGCCGACCCCAACGCCGGCCGCGUCCAGAUGACCUGGAACUGGCUCUAA